ACAGCAGCCCUGGAGGUUAGAGGGAUCAUCACCCGGUGACCAAGGAGCUGGCAACCUGGACUGGGGAGUAAGAGGAAGGGACAGACUCCUGUGCUGUUCCUGCUUCACACUGGUGUUGCUGUAGGAGAGACACCAUCCUGCAGCGGGCCCCUUGUUCAAGAGCUCCUGGAACCUUCUCCCUCCACCAUGAACACCUCUCAGUUCCUGGGCUUGCUGCUCCGAGCGUCCCCACAGGGUGGGAACAGGAGCAAGCCGAGGGGCCUCCCGUAUAACUUCUCUGACCACUGCCAGGAUGUCACGGACCCGAUGAUCUUCAUCGUCACCUCCUACAGCAUCGAGACCGUGGUAGGCGUCCUGGGCAACCUCUGCCUGAUAUGCGUAACCAUGAGGCAGAAGGAGAAGGCCAACGUGACCAACCUGCUCAUCGCCAACCUGGCCUUCUCCGACCUCCUCAUGUGCCUCAUCUGCCAGCCGCUCACCGCCGUCUACACCGUCAUGGACUACUGGGUCUUCGGCGAGACCCUCUGCAAGAUGUCGGCCUUCGUCCAGUGCAUGUCGGUGACCGUCUCCAUCCUCUCGCUCGUUCUUGUGGCCUUGGAGAGGCAUCAGCUCAUCAUCAACCCGACAGGCUGGAAGCCCAGCGUCCCGCAGGCCUACCUGGGAAUCAUGGCCGUCUGGCUUAUCGCCUGCGUUCUCUCUCUGCCCUUCCUGGCGAACAGCAAGCUGGAGAAGGUCUUCCACAAGAACCACUCCAAGGCGCUGGCGUUUCUGGCGGACAAGGUGGUCUGUACCGAGUCCUGGCCGCAGGAGCACCACCGCAUCAUCUACACCACCUUCCUGCUCCUCGCCCAGUACUGCGUCCCGCUGGGCUUCAUCUUGGUCUGCUACACACGCAUCUCCCAGCGCCUGCGGAAGCGGGGCCGCGUGUUCCGCAAGGGCGCCUACAGCUCUCGAGCUGGGCAGCUGAAGAGGAUCAACGGCGUGCUCAUGGCCAUGGUGGCCGCCUUCGCUGUGCUCUGGCUGCCCCUGCAUGUGUUCAACACCCUGGAGGACUGGGGCCACGAGGCCAUCCCCGUCUGCCACGGCAACGUCAUCUUCCUGGUGUGCCACCUGCUUGCCAUGGCCUCCACCUGCGUCAACCCUUUCAUCUACGGCUUUCUCAACACCAACUUCAAGAAGGAGGUCAAGGCCUUGGUGCUAACUUGCCAGCAGAGCGCGCCCCUGGAGGGGUCUGAGCACCUGCCCCUGUCCACGGUGCACACGGAAGUCUCCAAGGGGUCUCUGAGGCUGAGCGGCAGGUCCAACCCCAUUUAGCCGGGGCUCGGGCUUGUCCUCACUGCGUUCCUGGCAGGACCUUUGCUUAGCUAGAUGGGCACACUGCAGGCUGGAGUGGCAUCCCCUCGUUACUAGCUUUCUGGGGCCCACAUAGGCUGGCAAGAGCCUGCUUGUGCAUCUGUUCGCGGCCUGAUGUUUGGAUGGUUCUUGGAAGAGUCCUGAGCCGGAUUCUGCAGGUGACAGUGAGCCUGUGGCUUGAACUACGGGAUGCAGAGUCGGAGAUGUCUGCUUGUGACAGGUAGGGCUCACUCUGGUGACCUGCCAGCAGGUGUCUGGCCUGGGUGCCCAGGGCUCUCCCCACACCAGUGAGUCCAUGAGACCACCGUGGGGCGAGGGGAGGAACACCUGGAGUUAGAGCUCUGGACCUUGGUCAGCCUCUAACCUCUGGGAGAGCUGAGUGUGUGGUGGUGCUCUGUGAGU